UCAUGGAAGAUUCUGAUUAUAUUAAGCAAAUCUUGAAGGGCAAAGUACCAGACAAUCAUAGCACAAUUCAGGGGGGAAAACAAGAAAAAGAAAAAGAAAACCACAGGAAAAAAAGCAAACCCAUCAAUCAUUUCUUCACUUUCCUCCUCCUUUUCUCGCCUCAUAAUAAAGACAGCCUCUGUUUUACCAUUUUCCCCUGUAACCUGAACAUUUCCCACCAUGGAAUUCAGAUCCAGAUCAUGCAGAGAUGAAGGUUGCCACGCAGGAGGGCGGGGAUUCCCAGGAAACAUGCAAGAUCUGAGGAGUUACAGUGCUAAUUAUAGUAGUCAGAAGGAGGGGAAGAUGAAGAAAGGGAAGAAAGCUUCAAAAAGUUGGAGCUUUAGUGACCCAGAAGUGCAGAGGAAGAAGAGAGUUGCUAGCUACAGAGUGUACGACAUGGAAGGCAAAAUGAAAGGAUCUCUGAGAAAAAGCUUCAGGUGGGUCAAGAACUCUUACAACCAUGUGAUCUAUGGAUGGUGGUGAUUAAUGGGUACUUAUGAGUUUGUACUGAUCUUUCUUUAAAUUCUGAAUCCUUUUUUAAGUAAAAAUUGUCCCUCUGUAAUGUAUUCUGGAGUUUCAUGAACUAUCAUGUUUAUGUAUGGAAUUACCAAACUUGGUCAUUUUCAGCUCAUCUUUGAAGUAUGGUUCUGUGUUUUGAAA